AUGACCACUUCAAUGGAUCUUGUGCACUCACUCCAACCUGCCUUAGAUCAGUAUCUUUGUAACCCCUUGAAGAAGCCUCCCUAUACUAUCAAACUCCGUGAUAAUCGCGGGACUUGCCUCCUGACACUAGAAGGCCAUGACAACUGGGACCUGAGUCAAGAGCGGAAGUGCAUCAAGAUGCUCAGCGACGUGCAUGAUGGCUUUGUCAACUGUCUGAGGCGAGCCCCGGGAACUGUCAAGGAUGUACCUGCAGUUUACAGCGGCGCUUCGGGGAGGAAGAAUGAUGAAGGCAAUGGGACGCUCGGAGCGCAACGGGAUAAGAGAGGAACCAUUCAGGUGCAAAUGCGCAGCAUUCGUCGCCACGGCAGGGGUGGAUUCAAAGCUGAGGAUUUUCCGCGAACUGAGGUCGCAGGGGAUGAUCCCGAACCGACAGAUGCAUACUGCUGCUCGUCGUUCAUUUUCAGGAGCUGUCAGCUUGUCCUGUUUCAGGAGAAGUAG